AUGUCAGCAGCCGGAUCAAGAGCAUACGAAUCCUCUUAUGUCCGUCACUGCAGCAUCGGGUCAUGGAGCGUAGUCGUUCUCGUUGGCAUGUUACAUUGUGAUUUGUACUGUCCGUCCCCUUGGACAAACAUCGGCAGGGCUGAAGAAGAAUCCCGCGUGGCACCGGAACCGACGAAGCCCGCUGCAGUGAUCCUUCUUCUCUGCCGAGAUGGAGUCUUCAAAGUACUUGGAAUAUCACCAACACCACAGAGCUCCCGCGUUCGACGGGCGAUCCGAGCAACCGAGGAGAACCUUGCUCUGAUCGUUGUCGAUGACAGCGCCAAGGGAAACGGUCAGCAGUAG